AUGACGAAGGUGCUCCUCAUCUACUUGGUCAGCUGUCUCCUUGCCAUCAGUCAGGCUGCCAUUAUGCGCCGCUGUGACAUGGCCAAGUUGCUUUACAAGGAGGAAUUGCAUGGGUUUGAGGGUUACGCCCUGAGUGACUGGCUGUGCCUGGCUUUUGUGGAAAGCAAGUUCAACACAUCAAAGAUAAGUGACAAUGCAGAUGGCAGCUUCGACUAUGGCAUCUUCCAGAUCAACAGCCACUACUGGUGCAAUGAUUAUCUCAGUCACUCGGAAAACCUCUGCCAUGUAGACUGUAUAGGUCUGACCGGGAUAGAGUGGAAACUGCACUGUUCAGGUCGGCCACUCUCCUAUUGGAUGACAGGAUGUCACCUGGCAUGA